CCAACCCCUCGGCACUAGAAGCCUUGUGGGCCUCUUGAUUGAAGUACAUAAAGGAGAGCCAAGCCGCUCUAUAGCUGCUAGACCGGAUGAUCUCCUCUUAGGCCAACCUUGGGACGAACCAAGACCACAUUCUUUUCCAUUCUUCUUUUCACUCGACAUAAUGAAGUCUUUUCUUACCGCUCUUACCUUCGUCACGGCGGCGCUGGCAGCCAGCCGCACCUCCGCCCCCUCUGGAUGCCUGACUGUCAAGAAGUCUGGCGGCCAAUACAGCACCAUCCAGAAGGCCGUCGACGCCCUUUCUACCACCGACUCCGCCAAGCAAUGCAUCUUCAUUGACCAGGGCACCUACAGCGAGCAGGUCCUCGUCCCCGCGCGGACAGCUCAACUCACCAUCUACGGAUACACGGCCGAUACGAGCAGCUACGCCGGCAACAAGGUGACCAUCACCGCCAAGAAGAGCCAGGCCGACGGCCUCAACAACGACGCCAGCGCCACCCUCCGCAUCAAGGCCAAGAACUUCAAGCUCUACAACGUCAACGUUGCCAACACCUACGGCAAGGGCAGCCAGGCCGUGGCUCUCAGCGCCUACGCCGACAGCGCAUACUAUGCCAGCGCUUUCACCGGUUUCCAGGAUACCCUUCUCGCCCAGCAGGGCAACCAGCUGUACUCCAAGUGCCUCAUUCAAGGUGCUACGGACUUCAUCUUUGGCCAGAUGGCCAUGGCCUGGUUCGAGAGGUGUGACCUUCGUGUGGUGACUGCCUCUCUCGGCUAUGUCACUGCCAACGGCCGUGCCAGCUCGUCCUACACGUCCAAGUACGUCUUCAACAGCUGCAACAUAGCAGCCGCCUCCGGAAACACUGUCGCCGACGGGGCCUACUACCUCGGCCGUCCCUGGGGCCAGUACGCUCAGGUCGUCUUCCAGAAGACCUCCAUGACAGGCAUCAUCAACUCCGCGGGCUGGCACCAGUGGAACGACGGCGACCCUCGCACCGCCAAAGUCCUCUUCGGAGAGUACCAGAACACCGGCAUUGGUUCCCAGGGCACUCGUGCUAGCUUCUCCAAGAAGCUCAGCGCUGCCGUUACUCCUGCCAGCGUUCUGGGCAGCAGGUACACCAGCGCGGCUUACUACGAUUCCGCUUACAUGUAAGGGAUGAUCAGGAUUUCAUAAGCUGGAAAAGCUUCGGGUCGCCGGGCAGAACCAUACUCAUUCUUCGUAUAUACUCUUUUACUAAAUAUAUCCGCCAGUUCCAAUUGGAACUAUUGUGAAUACCAACCAACGCAUUGCGUGCCGUCCACAUCAGUCUCGGUAUGACUUUAUUUUCAUCUUCUGGUGGACUGAGUCCCUCUUCAGCACCC